GAACCAGAGAGCAAGCUUAUGUAUACGCUAUAGCCUCGGCCUCUCUCGUGCAUUCCAUUGCACGUGCAUGUAGUGUGGGAGUGACCACUAAAUGUAGUUGUGGAGCUCUCCCUAACCACCCACCCCAAGAGGAAUUUAAGUGGGGAGGUUGCGGGGACGAUCUGAAAUAUGGACUCCACUUCGGCCAACAGUUCACUGAUGCAGGAAUGAUGAAGAAAGGCAAAAUUAGAAACUCCAAAAAGUCAAAAAUGAAUAGUCAUAAUAACGCCGCUGGACGCUUGAUUGUAGCCCAGAGUAUGACCACAGCGUGUAAAUGUCACGGAGUUUCCGGUUCCUGCUCCAUAAAGACAUGUUGGAGGUCACUUCCGGAUUUCUCUGUGAUAGGAACCACCUUAAAAAAUUUAUACGCCAAUGCAGUGGAAGUGCGCAGGAAAAAACGCAAAAAUAAGCGGAUAUUUGUCCCUGUGAGACCUAAUGUACAGAGUGUUUCCGAAAAAUCUCUAAUUUAUUUUACAAAGUCCCCAGACUAUUGCAGUCCGGAUCCUAAAACGGGGUCAGCCGGAACUCAAGGGAGGUUUUGUAGGACUGACAGUUCCGGUUGGGGCGGAUGUGACGCAAUGUGUUGUGGACGGGGCUACCGAAGCUUCACUAAAAAAAUAGUAGAACGAUGUGAAUGUAAAUAUUACUGGUGUUGUUACGUCAAAUGUAAAACGUGCGAAAAGACGCUCCAUCUAAACGUUUGUCGAUAGUUGUACAGUGUACUCAGUUUAAAUGAAACUCUUCUACGGGACGUGACGGAGAUGUGCGCUGAUAUUAAAGGUACCUUUUCACUCAGAUGCUCUUCUAAAGGUGUGGAUGUAUUAAAAAAAACUACCAAGCUUAUAGUGAAUGAAUUUUGAUCACAGGGAGAACGGUGAACUUGAACUUGGAAUCGUUAAUGUGAGCGUAGAGCUGGAAAACUCAAUUUUAGCCGGUGAGAUUGCACCUACCACAAUGGUAGCUGUUUAAAACCCAAUCCUGCAGUAAUUAAACUUGAGCAUAAAGCUAGUGAUUCGAGUUCUACAGCGAGUGAUUCGAGUUCUACUGGUGGAGAACAGGAACAAUAACUGUUGAACUACUCGACUCUAUGUUUGUUUUUAAACUUGAGUCUAUAGGUUUUAACUUCAGUUUAAACUACCUGUCUGAACUUGAGUCCCAAAGCGUAUAGUGAACUUAAGCCUAUAACAUAUGAACUCGAGCCCCUAGCCAGUGAAUUUGAACCUAUAUUUCGUGAACUCGACCCCCUGGUCAGUAGACUCGAACGUAUAAUUGUGAACUCGAGCCCCUAGCCAGUGAACUCAAACCUAUAAUUAGUGAACUCGAGCCCUGAGUUAGUGAACUCGAACCGAUAAUUUGUGGACUUGAGCCCUCAGUUAGUGAAUUCGAGCCUGUAUCAUUAACUCGAUCUUCGUCUUGCUGAUGAAAACUAGUUUAGAGCUGGUUGAAUUAUCUGCAAAGUUCAAGGUCACAGUCUAUUAACAGUAACAUACUAGAAUACUGCCUAUAGAUGUUAUAUUUAAUUGAAAUCCAAUGUACAUUGUAUGUAAAUAAGUAAGAUUUAACUCAUUUGUAUAGGAAACAAAUUGUUAAUAUUUUUUGUUGAUAUGGAAUUGUAAAUAUAUUGUUAUAUUUAUACUCUUGUCAUAUAAACAUGUACAGUGUACAGCUAUUUGUUACUAAAGUUAUUUUCAUUGGAAAUCAUCAAUUUACGUACUAGGCCUUUGAUUUUUAUGUAGAUACAUGGGUCGUAUAUGUACAGUAUAUGCUGUAUACUUGUUAUAAAUGAUUUUUUUUAUUUUUAGAAAGUCAUGUUGUAUUAAUAAUAUAACAUUAUCUUAUCUCUUCCUUAAUGAUUAAUAUAUGAUUAUAUAUUUUUUUUCUUUCCUCUAACUUUUCACCUGGAUAAUUACUCAGUUCUAUAUACAAGUAUAAAGACGUAACUCUAUGUUUAAUGUCAUUCAGGCGCGCCUUAGUACUAGUUUUCAAGAAAUUGAAAAAAAAUAGUAUAUUUAAAAUAUCUGUAUUUCCGCUUUUGCAUUUAGCUUCAAAAACUAAACACUCUGUGGGUUCUACGAGAAAAAAAAAACAAAACAUUAUUUUAUCUCAGUAUGAGAUGUAUUUUGGAAUGAGCAAAAUUAUAUUUCUAACUGACAGAUUAACAAAAUAUAACCAUUAGCCGAUAUUGUUACAUGUUACCCAAAUAUCAAAGAAUUUAGAUUCAUGUAAAUGAAGGAAUACUCAUUUGAAUGUUUUAUUUUGGUUCAUUUUCCCCUUUUUCAUUUGGUUAUGCAUUUUAAGUUGACGUAAAACGUAGAAUUAAUUUUAUCCAGCCUUAUUUAAAUACGUUUUAUUUUUUUAGUUUUAAGAUAUCCUUCAAUCGGUAUGAAAACCACACAUUAAAGUAGUUUUACAAAAAUAAUGUUUUAAGUAUCUAUAAUAGUAGGAAAUGAUCUACAACUCUACAUCCGGUCAACUCUACAUCCAGUCUUCUAUAGUUAAACACUAAUGAUGUUCAUUGUUGUGACAAAAUUGUCUAGAAAAAUGAAGUUAUAAAAUGAAAUAAAUGUCCUUAUAUUUUUA